AUGAAGUUCUCUCCGCGCACAGCUGCUGUCUCUGCUGUGGACAGCGUGCAGGAUGCGGCGAAUGGCAUCUUCACGAAGCUCGUGGAGGUGCUCCCACCUCCCAGCGGCUUGUCGGCCUCAACACCACUACGACGCUGUCUAAGCGACCGUCUCCAGGAUGCGAAAGACAGACUACCACAGGCCUCCGUGGCGCUGGUCGCUAGCACUCGGCCGCUUCUGUCUCUGGACUUCUGCGGCCGCCUCUUCAACGCCACAGCGAACGAAGUGCUGUCUGCCGCACCAUAUGCCGGCGACGCUGCUUUCAAGUCGGCGACGGAACUGUUCGCCGUCAAUGGCGAGCAGCGACACAUGCGACCUGGCACGUGCAGUGCAUGUUGA